AUGCUGGGUGAAGCAGAAGGUAUGCUUCUUUUUGUUGCCAGUAGUGAGGCGGUGCUAGGAGUUUUAGGGAACAUAUUCAUUGCACUUGUGAACUGCACAGAGUAUUCCAGAAGCAAGAAGCUCUCUAAGGUUGGCUUCAUUCUCACUGGCCUGGCAACUUAUAGGAUUUGUCUCAUAUGGAUAAUAACUUUUGACACAUAUACAAAGUUAUUCUCUGUACAUACACUUAUCUACUUCAACACGUUUGAAUGCAUCAAUUACCUAUGGAUAAUUAUGAAUCACCUGAGUGUCUGGUUUGCCACCAGCCUCAGCAUCUUCUAUUUCCUGAAGAUAGCAAAUUUUUCUCACUACAUAUUUAUCUGGCUGAAAAGGAGAAAUGACAAUGUUUUUAUUUUUCUGGUAGGAUGCCUGUUUGUCUCAUUAUCUAUUGCUAUUGCACAAUUUGUGAAGAUGGUUAAUGAUAUCAAAAUGCAAUACAGAAACAUCUCCAUGCAGUUUCACCUAGAGGAGAAAGAGUUACUUAUUAACCACGCCAUUUUUCAAUUUGAAAUCCUUUUCUUCUUUGUGAUAGCUGUCAUUGCAUGUCUCCUGUUAAUACUUUCUCUUUGGAGACACAGCAAGCUGAUGCAAUUGAAUGGCUCAGGAUUUCGAGACCUCAACACAGAAGCUCAUGUGAAGGCCACGAAAGUUUUAAUUUCUUCUAUCAUCCUCUUUAUCUUGUAUUUUGUAGGUUUGGUCAUAGAAGUAUUGUGCUUUAUUUGGCAAGAAGGCAAACUACUAAUAAUUCUUGGUGCGAUAAUUAUCCUCAUGUAUUCUUUUAUUCUAAUUCUUGCAAACAACCAGCUGAAGAAAGUCUCUUUGAAGUUACUGCAGCAAUUAAAGUGCUGUGAUGAAGAACAACUCUGGGACACAUAA